AUGGAUCCCGGGCUGCUGCGGCCUGCGCCUGUGAGCGAAAUCAUCGAGCUGCAUUACAACUACACUGGCAAGCUUCGCGGGGCUCGCUACCAGCCUGGCGCGGGACUGCGCGCUGAUGCCGUCGUGUGCCUGGCAGUGUGCGCGCUCAUCGUGCUCGAGAACUUGGCUGUGCUGUUGGUGCUCGGGCGCCACCCACGCUUCCACGCGCCCAUGUUCCUACUCCUGGGCAGUCUCACGCUGUCUGACCUGCUGGCAGGCGCCGCCUACGCCGCCAAUAUCUUGCUGUCCGGGCCACUCACUCUACGCCUGUCGCCCGCACUCUGGUUCGCGCGCGAGGGUGGCGUCUUCGUGGCGCUUGCCGCAUCGGUGCUGAGUCUCCUGGCCAUAGCGCUCGAGCGUCGCCUCACCAUGGCCCGCCGGGGACCCGCGCCCUCCACCCGUCGAGGGCGCACGUUGGCGCUGGCGGCUGCUGCCUGGGGGGUGUCGUUGCUCAUUGGGCUGCUGCCAGCGCUAGGUUGGAACUGCCUGGGCCGAUUGGAUUCGUGCUCCACCGUGCUGCCACUCUACGCCAAGGCCUACGUACUCUUCUGCGUGCUCGUCUUCGUUGGGAUCCUAGCCGCCAUCUGCGCUCUGUACGCGCGCAUUUACUGCCAAGUGAGUGCCAACGCGCAGCGCCUUCGGUCGCGUCCCGGGGCUAGCGGAAGCGCCUCUUUCCGGACACGCCACACGCCGCGCACACUGGCACUGCUACGCACACUCAGCGUGGUGCUCCUGGCCUUCGUGGCGUGCUGGGGUCCCCUUUUCCUGCUGCUGCUGCUCGAUGUGGCGUGCCCAGCGCGCGCAUGCCCAGUACUCUUGCAAGCGGACCCCUUCCUGGGCCUGGCCAUGGCCAAUUCUCUUCUGAAUCCCAUUAUCUACACGCUUACCAACCGUGACCUGCGCCACGCGCUCCUGCGCCUCUUCUGCUGCGGUCGUCGUCCUUGGGGCCUAGGUCAGGGUGAUUCCAGGCAGCCGGGGAGCGCCGCUGGGGUUUCAGGCGGACUGCGUCAAUGGCUACCUCCUGGCACUGACGGCAGCUCCAGCCGCUCUGAGCGCUCAGAUCGCUCGUCGCCGCGACGGGAUGGGCUGGACACCAGCGGUUCGACAGGCAGCCCUGGAGCACCCACUGUCGUCCAGACCCUGGCUCCUGAGCCCGCUGCAGAUUGA